AUGCUCUUGUGGGCCUUGCGCCGCGUCCUCUACGCCCUCGGCCUCUCUGCCCCCGUAAAGAUCAUCCGCAACCCCAACCCGGCCUCGCUCGUGUCCCUCGACGCCAACGGCCACAAGACGACCACCGCCCUCGACCAGGUCCUCGCCCAGUGCCCUAGCCUUGUUGGAGACCGCGCAUGGUACACCCCGACUAGCUGGCUCGCCAGCGGCCACCUCGCGACAAUCGCCUGCACCUUGUUCAAGUUCAACUACGACCAGAUCGACUACACGCGCGAGUACCUGCGUGUCCCCGACGGCGGCACCAUCGCCGUCGACAUUGCUCCUCCCGUCGCCUCGGAGCCCAUCGACGACCGGCCCAUCCUCGUCGUCGCACAUGGCCUCACCGGUGGCUCGCACGAGAGCUACGUCCGCAACGUCCUCGCCAUCGUCACAAAGCCCAAGGACCAGGGCGGCAUGGGCUGGCGGGCCGCCGUCGUAAACUCGCGAGGGUGCGCAGGCGCGCCCAUCACCUCGCCCAAGCUGUACAACGGCGCCGUCACGGACGACCUUCGCUGCGCCCUCGCCUUCCUGUCGCACUUUGCGCCGCACGCGCCCCUGUACGGCAUCGGCUUCAGCCUCGGCGCCAAUCAGAUGGCCAAGCUCGUCGGCGAGGACGCCGAGCGCUCGCCGCUCAACGCCGCCGUCGUACUCGGCGCGCCGUUCGACUUUGUCAAGGGCCACGUCUCGCUCUCGUCGUCCUGGAUCCGCCUCAUCUACUCUCGCGCUAUGGGCAAGAACCUCAAGACCCUCCUGACUCGUCACGCCGGCAUGCUCAAGACGCACCCCAAGCUCGACUGGAGCGCCAUCCACGACAACCCGUACACCUCGCUCUUCGAGUUCGACGCCCUCGUCACUGCUCCCCUCGCCGGCUUCGACACCGCCAUCGCCUACUACCGCGCCGCCUCGGCCAACAACGUCAUUCGCGACACGGCCAUCCCGCUCUUGUCCAUCUCGGCCCUCGACGACCCGAUUGUCGACUGGUCGGGCAUCCCGUUCGCCGCCUCGGACGUCAACCCGUGGCUCACGUUCGCCACGACCUCGCACGGCGGCCACCUCGGCUGGUUCGAGGGCCUGUUCCGCCCGCGUCGGUGGGUCGCCAAGCCCGUCGUCGAGUACCUGCGCGCCGUGCACGAGGCCAACCCGGUGCGGCGCCCGGCGAGGGAGACGGUCCCGGCGUGGCGCGACGACAAGCGCGCCGACCUCGGCGACGACAUGGUCGUCCUCAAGGACAACCCCGAGGUCGGGUUCCAGAGGGUCAAGGUCGAGGGCCACUCGGCGGCCGGCGGCGAGGCCGUCGAAGGCGUCACGCAGGGCUUGUAGCUUUCUCACACUCUCUCUCAGCCGCAGCAGAUAGACGGACUCUCUAGACUCGUAUCAUGCACAAGAUCAUAUUGUCAC